AACAUCUGCUGUGCUGGUGGAGGGGUCCCCUGUGAGAGCGUUUCUCCAGACGGUGACAUCACGGCGUUAUCUGGAGAGCGGGGCGGCGGGCAGCUCGCAGCAGCCUGCUCCUCCUCUGAGAGCUCUCCCCGGCUGCACCGCUACCCACUGCCGCGGCUGAAGACAAAAAGUGGUCUUGAUUUUUCGCCUCCGUAGUGAGUAUCAAACAUGGACGGUUUCCAAACGAUCCUGAAAUUCUUUAUGAACCAGAAAACUGCCAUAGGUUACAGUUUUAUGGCGCUGCUGACAAUGGGAGGUGAACGAGUGUUUUCUCUUGUUGCUUUCAGAUGCCCCUGCAGCCACGAAAACUUCAGAUACGGUUUGGUAUUUCUCUUCUCCCCAGCUUUUGUUUUGCUAGUUAUUGGUUAUUUCUUGAACAGGAAGACCUGGAAACUCUUUACAGGCUGCUGGGUGAAUCCCAGGAAAAUAUUCCCCAGAGGGAAUACCUGCCAUUUCUUUUAUGUCUUUGGACAAAUCACUUUAAAUGCUCUGGUAGCCCCAGUGAUGUGGCUUUCUGUGGCUUUGCUCAACGGGACUUUUUAUGAAUGUGCCAUGAGUGGCUUGAAAAAUCCUGCCUACCUACAAGCAGUUUGCUAUGGCAAAUCUGAGAAGUGCUUUGAGGAGCUGCACAAAGUGGCCUGUGACAAGAGCUCCAUGCCCUUUGCAGAGAGCGACGAACUGAAACGAACUCUUCAAGCACAGUCCCAGAUUUUAGGCUGGUGUGUGAUAGUCACCACGGCUCUUCUCUCCCUGCUAACCACUUGCUGUGCCAGCUGCCAGUCCAAAGUCAGCCACCUCCAGCUGAUGUUCUGGAGGGUGUACAUGGAGAAGGAGAAGGAGCAACUGGAGCAGAUUUUCCAGCUAUACGCCACCAAGCUGAGCGAGAGAAAUCUAAAGUGCUUUUUUGAGAACAAGGAACCAGAAGCGAUUCCCCUGCCAACUUUUCAGGCAUGGGAAGAUGCUUCCCAGCUCUACUCUUUCAGCAGCAGCAAACAGCAUUACAGCACAAUUCACAGGCUGGUUGAAGAAGGCCAGAAAAAAACCAAUGAGGAAAGAGAGACAAUGCUAGACUUUGUAGACAGAAGGGAAAUACCAUAGAUAAAUAUAUUCCAGCUUUUUUAAUAUCUUGCUAAUAUAGCAUACUUCUUAGCUGGUUUCAUCUCUAUAUUUUUUCACAAUGGCCUCUUUCUUCAUCAUAUUCCCUCCCAGUUACAAACUUACUCCAAAAGGAUGGAAUUAAAUUAUUUCCCUACAUCACUGAAAAGGCUGCAGUCCUCCAUGGCACCUAGGGUUCAUGUCCUACUAACGUCACUGGUUCUGGAUCAAGAGCUGACAGCAAAAAGAGAUGACUAAUGAUUUAUACAAGAGGAUUUUAACAAUAUCCUAUGUAAAAGGCUUGUAGUACAUUUGUCCUAUGUAAAUCAAGAGACUAUCAUAAACUAACACCAUUUAAAAGGUGUGAAUAUAACACUAGAAGACGAGUGUGACUUUCUGACAGCCCACAGAAAGUAAAGGCUUUUCCUUCCGGGUCAUUUCCAGGCCAUUUUCAGGCACAGCGUUGUUUUGAGGGACCAGUGGUCACUGAAGGCAUCUCCUGUUGUAACUAGAAUGCCACGGAUGCUCACAGUGAUCAGUCCUGGUCUUCUAGUCCCUGAGACAUCUGCCUGUGACGUGGGGCAGCAACCUCCAUUGAUAGUGAGGUGCCAGGUAACUCUUCAGACAAACCUUACAGCCAAAGUGUAGGGUACCAAGAACUUGAAAUUACCAAAUGGUUCAGCAUUUUUCUGUUUUUGUUAAAAAAUAACCUGCUAUUUUGAAACAUAAUCAGUUGUUGUUAGUUCUUUGCUACAAUAAUGAAAAUGCAUCACUGAUGUUUUGCCUCCAUGUUAUCUUCUCCCACUGAGAAUUUCGCUUUGUAUGGCUAUAAAUCUGUUUUGAGAGUGUUUCAGGCACUGGCUGCAGUCUGUAGAGCUGCGUAAUAUUGUUUAUACUGCGCCUGCAGACAGUGUACAACAGAGGGCCUGGAAGGAAAUUCCACGCUUUAAGAAAAGAAAAUAUUUUUACAGCAGGCUGAUUUUCAUUUUUCUGAAUAUCUUAGGAAACUUAGUAUCGGGAGCAAGAGGAACUGGCAGGCAACACAGGUGAAGUAACUGCACAAUCAGUGCUUCUGAGAAAUAUGUUUCACCCCAGAGCCCUACGUUUUACCUCACCCACUUGGAAUUCACCACGUGGCUCUCACACAGUUUUUUUCCCUGGGGUGACUGGGCAGGCUUUUAUGCAGCAUUUUACUGCCAGUCUCCCUGAGUCUGCAAAGAAUCAUACUCUUGCUCUGCUCGAAUCAGGCUCUUAUCAACAAACCAGGGUUUGUUGUAGGGUGCUCUACACAACUUUCUCAUACUCACUGCACUUCUUUAGCAGAAAAAAGCAUUCACCUACCUUUACAGACCAUUACUCUUUUUAAAAAUAAAACCCAAGAGUGAAACCGCUGUCUGCUUGGAAUUUUCUUCGUGUGAUUUGAAGAACUUGUGGUGUUCGAGCAAAUGAUUUUUAUCCCAGCUGACCCACUUUACAGCAGACUUAGAACAUGUUAUAAGCCUAUAAUGCACCUGCUGCAGCUGAAAGCACAGAGGCAACACUGCCAAAAUCAAAGUCACAACAGCAGGCACGUCUGACACCAUGUCUGGCACACAUGAUUUUUCUCCCCAGACUCCUCUCCUGGUAUAGCAACUAUCUAAUUCCAGGGUACAUGUCGGUUCCCGUUUGUCCGCUUUUCUCUUUAUGAGAGAUGCCCCAACAUCUACUGCCCAGCCCUGUCCUACCUCCUCCCUACACACAAGAGCAGAGGAGACACCACCUAACAAGUUGUCCUCACCGCCUGAGCCAAACUUCCCUUCACAAAGCCAUCUUUCCACCUCCUUUCUCACUCAUACCACAGAAAACCAAAGCAAGUGGGGAUGCAAAGUGGAAGAUGCUACUAAGCAGGUUAAUGAGCUGACCAAGAAAUAUGACAAACAAGUUGGUUUAUGUAAGGACGAUGUCUCCACUGUGGUAUUAGAGCUGGGACACAGAGGCAAAAGCAUAGUUAUCAGAGGGAAAGAUGGGAAGACAGAAAGAUCUCACUUUGGGCUUUUGGCACCCUCUUCUUCCUCAGGAGAAAGCUCAAAGCUCUGUAUUUGAGUAGCCAGGACCAUCUGAAACCAGAGUUUCCCAGGCUGGCCUUCCCCUUUAUCAUGAAGGGGCAAAUCUGAGGUGCAUUCUCCUCUCCUCAUCCUUACCCUGCUCCAUGCUCAGAGGUAACUCGUGUUGAGAGUGCCUCCACUUCUAAGAGCAGCUGCUGAACAAGUCACGCUGCAACGCGCGCCUGGCAGGAGCCUAAAUCUCUCACUGACCCUCGUUCCCAGAGCUGUGUUACUCUGUGUUGUCUUACCAAAGUGCCUGUGACUGGAUGCAAUUGCCAUGCGGAUGCUGUAAUAUUUCUAUAAAACCAGACAAAAACAGAAGCCAGUUUGUUCCUAUGUUUUCAACUGGAAUCCGGUUUUGGCAAAUUUAACCCUGUCCCUCAAACAGCUACCACAAAAGCUGUUUCUUAUCAACAUUGUCCCUGAAUUAAAGUUCAGCAGCUACCGUGGCAGCUCAGAAAGAAGCAAAGACUAUAGUCAACACUAUCCAAAACAAACUGGAAAAAAACCUGAACAGCAGAAUCAACAUUUUCUCUUGGAAAAUUUAGAUUUUACAUUCAUUCUGAUGUCCAUCAAAAUAUGAGUCCA